AUGGAGCGCGACGGCGACCAGACAGGGCACCGGUCCCGGCAUGGCCCGGCAGGGAACGGCCGUGAGCCGGAAUCGCCAGCCGCAGCUUCGCUGCUGGCACCCAUGGACCUAGGGGAGGAGCCGCUGGAGAAGGCGGAGCGCGGCCGCACGGCCAAAGACCCCAACACCUACAAAGUGCUGUCGCUGGUUCUAUCAGUAUGUGUGCUGACAACGAUUCUUGGUUGUAUAUUUGGGUUGAAACCAAGCUGUUCUAAAGAAGUAAAAAGUUGCAAAGGCCGCUGCUUUGAGAGGACGUUCAGCAACUGCCGCUGUGACGCUGCCUGUACUGCCCUUGGGAACUGCUGUCUGGAUUACCAUGAGACCUGUGUGGCUCCCACACACACAUGGACUUGCAACAAAUUCAGGUGUGGUGAGAAGAGGCUGUCCAGAUUUCUGUGCUCUUGUUCAGAUGACUGCAAGGCUCACAAUGACUGCUGCAUCAACUACAGCUUUGUGUGCGAAGAUAAGACAAGUUGGGUAGAAGAAGCAUGUGAAAACAUCGAUACGCCACAGUGUCCAGAAGAGUUUGACUCACCUCCUACUCUCUUAUUUUCUUUGGAUGGAUUCAGAGCCGAGUAUUUGCACACCUGGGGUGGACUUCUUCCUGUUAUUAGCAAGCUGAAAAACUGUGGAACAUACACUAAAAACAUGAGGCCUGUAUACCCUACAAAAACGUUUCCCAACCAUUAUAGCAUCGUCACAGGACUUUAUCCAGAAUCCCACGGCAUAAUUGACAACAAGAUGUAUGAUCCCAAAAUGAAUGCUUCUUUCUCACUUAAAAGUAAAGAAAAAUUCAACCCUUUGUGGUACAAAGGCCAGCCGAUUUGGGUCACAGCUAAUCAUCAGCAGGCCAAGUCUGGUACAUACUUCUGGCCAGGAUCAGAUGUGAAAAUUGAUGGAAUACUACCAGAUAUCUACAAAGUGUAUAAUGGGUCCGUACCAUUUGAAGAUAGAAUUUUGGCUGUUCUUCGCUGGCUACAGCUUCCUAGCUCUGAAAGACCACACUUUUACACUCUGUAUUUAGAAGAACCAGAUUCCUCAGGCCAUUCACACGGACCAGUCAGCAGUGAGGUCAUCAAGGCCUUGCAGAAGGUUGACCGAAUGGUUGGCAUGCUGAUGGAUGGCCUGAAGUACCUGAGCUUGGAUAAAUGCCUGAAUCUCAUCCUCAUUUCAGACCAUGGCAUGGAACAAGGCAGUUGUAAGAAGUAUGUGUACCUGAAUAAGUAUUUGGGGGACGUGAACAAUGUUAAAGUUGUCUAUGGACCUGCUGCUCGACUGAGACCCACUGACGUUCCAGAGAAAUACUAUUCAUUUAAUUAUGAAGGCCUUGUGAAAAAUCUUUCUUGCCGGGAGCCAAACCAGCACUUUAGGCCAUACCUGAAACACUUCUUACCCAAGCGCUUGCACUUCGCUAAAAGUGACAGGAUCGAGCCCCUGACGUUCUAUUUGGACCCUCAGUGGCAACUUGCGUUGAAUCCAUCAGAAAGGAAAUACUGUGGGAGUGGAUUUCAUGGCUCUGACAAUCUGUUUUCAAAUAUGCAAGCUCUCUUUAUUGGCUAUGGACCUGCAUUCAAACACGGCGCUGAAGUCGAAUCCUUCGAAAAUAUUGAAGUCUAUAACUUAAUGUGUGAUUUGUUGGGUUUGAUCCCAGCUCCUAAUAAUGGAAGUCAUGGCAGUCUUAACCACCUUCUAAAGAAACCUAUUUACAACCCAAGUCUUCCCAAAGAAGAGAGCUUCCUGGAUUUGUGUUCAAUCAAAUCAUCAUACAAUAACCUCGGCUGCAUGUGUGACUCCUGGAUUGCGUCAGUUGUGGACUUUGAGAAACACUUUAACCUGACCCUGGAAAAUGCAGGGAAUAUUGACCUUAAUACUGUACCAUAUGGAAGGCCCCAGCUUCUGCAGAAGAAACACAGUGUCUGUCUUCUUUACCAGCAACAGUUUAUGAGUGGAUACAGCCAGGACAUCCUCAUGCCUCUCUGGACAUCUUACACCUUCCUCAGUAAUGACUCUCUCUCAACAGAUGACUUCUCCAAUUGCUUAUACCAGGACCUUCGGAUUCCUUUUAGUCCCAUCCAUAAAUGUUCCUUUCAUAAAAACAAUUCCAAGCUAAGUUAUGGGUUCCUCACUCCGCCAAGACUAAAUAGAAUUUCAAAUCAAAUAUAUUCUGAAGCAUUGCUUACUUCUAAUAUAGUGCCAAUGUACCAGAGUUUUCAAGUUAUAUGGCAGUACCUCCAUGACACCCUGCUGCAAAGGUAUGCCAAAGAAAGGAAUGGCGUCAAUGUUGUCAGCGGUCCUGUGUUUGACUUCGAUUAUGAUGGAAGCUAUGAUUCCUUGGAGACCCUGAAACGAAACAUCAAAGUCAUCCGCAGUCAAGAAAUUCUGAUUCCAACUCACUUCUUCAUUGUGCUCACCUCUUGCAAAGAGUCCUCUGAGAUCCCCUUGGAGUGCACAAACUUAGAUUCUUCAGCCUUCAUUCUGCCUCACCGGCCUGAUCACAUGGAGAGCUGUCCACAUGGGAAGCAGGAUUCUUCAUGGAUUGAAGAGUUGCUGACAUUGCACAGAGCACGGGUCAGGGAUGUCGAACUCAUCACUGGACUCAGCUUCUACCACGAAAGACCAGAGUCAGUUUCAGACCUGUUGAGGUUGAAAACACAUUUGCCAAUCUUUAGCCAAGAAGACUGAUUUUUUUUUUAAUAAAAAAAAAAUGCA